AUGUCACAGGAACAGCGCCACGUCCCCGUGGUGUUCCCGUUGCUGUGGGACACGGAGGCCUCAGGCUACAGGCUGCAGACGUGUGCAGCGCAGCCAAAAUGCUCCAGCACGUGGCUGCUGCAGUUUGCACUCUGGCACCUCAUGUCUACAUUCCGAGCAGCUCCUCCUUCGCUGGAUGUCCAGCUGAGGAUAAAUAAGGUGAUAAUUGAGAUAGAACUUCCUGUCUCUCACGCUGCUGUCUGUCCACAGGGCACAAAAGCAGCACCAGCACCUCCUGGAGGUCCCUCUGCUUCCAAAGAGGAGGCCAAAGAGGAGGAAGACAGCAGUGAGCUUCCCGCUGCUCUGGGGGACAAUGGUGAACUUCCCUCAGUGCCGGGAGAUGACAGUGAACUUCCCGCUGCUCUGGGAGACGAGGGCGAACAUCCCGCGGUAUGGGAAUGCAACGGCGAGGCUCCCGCGGGGUGGGACAAGGACAGGGGACAUCUCCCGGUGUGGGACGAGGAUGGUGGAUGUGCCCUGGAGUGGGACCAGAAUGGCCAAGCUCCCACGGAGUGGGACGAGGACAACGGACAACUCACAGUGUGGGAUGAGGAUGGAGGACAUCUCCCAGUGUGGAAUGAGGAUGAAGGACAACUUCCAGUGUGGGAUGAGGAUGAAGGACAUCUUCCGGAGUGGAAUGAGGAUGGAGGACAUCUUCCGGAGUGGGAUGAGGAUGGAGGAUAUCUCCCAGUGUUGGAUAAGGAUGGAAGACAUCUCCCAGUGUGGAAUGAGGAUGGAGGACAUUUCCCGGAGUGGAACGAGGACAACAGACAACGCGCCGUGUGGGAUGAGGAUGGAGGACAUCACCCAGAGUGGGAUGAGGAUGGAGGACAUCUCCCAUCGCCCAUCCUCCUCCCACAGGAUGGAGGACAUCCUGUGUCUUGGGAAGAGGAGAGUGAACAUCUCCCAGCAUGGGAAGUGGACAGUGACCAUCCCCUGGCUUGGAAAGAUGAUGGCGAACCUGCAGUAUUUUGGGAAGAGGAUGGAGAAGCUGCAGCAUUUUGGGAAGAGGAUGGAAAACCUCCCUCUGCUUGGGAAGAGGACAAUGAAGCUCCCUCUACUGUGGGAUCCUGGGCUGAACAUUCUGACAGCAGCACAGUCCUGCAGCCAGAGGGGAGAGGGGAGUGGUGCCUGAUGCAGCUGAGGAACACCGUGAGCGAGGCGGAGCCUGCCCAGAAAUACCUGGAGGUGGAGCAGAUUGGCCAAGGGGCUUUCGGAACCGUUUACAAAGGACUCGACAGGGCCACUGGAGGAGAGGUGGCCAUCAAGAAAAUGAGUCUCAGAGGGCAGAACAGGGAACGAGCUGUGAAUGAGAUCCUGCUCCUGAAGGACAAGAAGAACCCCAACAUUGUCAAAUUUCUGGACACCUUCCUUGUUGAUGGAGAUGUCUGGCUGGUGAUGCAAUACAUGGAUGGAGGAACUUUGCAGGACGUUGUCAGACAGAUACGCAUGGCUGAAGGAGAGAUGGCAGCUGUCAGUCGGGAGUGUCUGCAGGGCCUGGAUUUCCUCCAUUCCAACUGGGUGAUCCACAGGGAUCUGAAGAGCUCCAACAUCCUCCUGGGCAUGGACGGCUCUGUCAGGCUGGUUUUUGGGACAGGGCAUCAGGAAUGCAUCUACUUGAGUGUCAGUGGCAUUGCAGAGAUGCACUUGAUUCUGGGGAGCUGUGAGGAGAUGGCAGUGUCAGAUGCAGAUAUCCGUGUGGAUGCAGAGAUCUCCCUGCAGAUCCAUGGGGAUGCAGAGAUCCCCCUGCAGCCCGCGGAGCAGCCACGCUGA